GAUAAUCUGGCAACGGUAGUCCCCAUAUCAACAAACAGCCGAUGAUGGCGAAGACCUAUGAUUACCUCUUCAAGCUCUUACUCAUCGGGGACUCGGGGGUGGGGAAGACCUGCGUGCUCUUCAGGUUCUCCGAGGACGCCUUCAACUCCACCUUCAUCUCCACUAUAGGUAUUGAUUUCAAGAUCCGAACGAUAGAGUUGGACGGCAAGAAGAUCAAGCUGCAAAUAUGGGACACAGCUGGACAGGAGAGGUUUCGCACCAUCACCACCGCCUAUUACCGUGGCGCAAUGGGCAUCAUGCUGGUGUAUGACAUCACCAACGAGAAAAGCUUUGACAACAUUAAGAAUUGGAUUCGUAACAUAGAGGAACAUGCCUCAGCUGAUGUUGAGAAGAUGAUCCUUGGAAACAAGUGUGACGUCAAUGAUAAGAGACAGGUAUCAAGGGACCGUGGGGAGCAGUUGGCGAUAGAGUAUGGCAUAAAGUUCAUGGAGACGUCAGCCAAAGCUUCCAUCAAUGUAGAGGAUGCGUUCUUUACCCUCGCACGGGACAUCAAGGCCAAGAUGGAGAAGAAGCUGGAGGUGAACAACCCCAACGACAAGAACAUCACCAUCAAGCCCAACCCGCAGCCCAACAAGCCUCUCUUGAACUGGCUCUCCAAGUGUAGCAUCCUAUGAUCCUGCACCACCAGCACCACCACACCCCUGCUACUGGUACUCAUGCCCCUGCCACACCACACCCACAUCACUGACAUUCCCCCACCCCUCCUAUCCUGCUGGUCAUGGCACUCCCGCCCCAUAUUUCAGGCCUCACCACGCCCACCCCCUCCCCCUGUUCACCUCCACCAACACUAUAUUCCAGAAGUCAGUAAUAAGUAGAGUUUAGUAAUGAGGAAAUGUGAAAACCUGUUGCUAUUAGUUGAGUGGGGGUCACGCAACUUACCUUCUUUGUUCCCCUUCCGUCUUUCUCCUCCUCCAUUCCUGCUACACUUAAAACCUUCCAUUUCUCUUCUUCCUGUCACCCAAAUCCUCGUGUAUCAGUGUAAAGUGGAAGUGUUUUCUACUGCACAAUCUCCAUCCAGUGUGUGUGUGUGCGUGUGUGCAUUUGUGUGUGCUAGCAUGUAUCUGUGUGUACUUCCUAUUUCCUUCCACCAGAAACUUGACAUUAUUAUUGUACUUUUUUAUAUAUAUUUAUUUACCUAUUUAUUUUUUUUUUCCCUCCAGCUGCUAAUGCAUAUUAAAUUGGCCAAAUCCAAACAUUACCCUCCACUGCCACAGACAUAACUUAAGAUAGUACAGUGUUCAGUGUGCUCAACUCAGAAAAGGCUACAGCCUUCAGCCAAGCAAGAAUGUCUAGGAUGUCUCUACUGCACUCACUCACCCAACUGAAAAAUGAUAGAGGGAGAGAGAUUAAGGUGCGACCCACCCAUUAAUUUGGCAGGAGAAGGAGGCCAGCGGUCUUGUUUUUUGGAUAAACAGGAUUAAAUGAUAAAAAUAGACAAGAUGGAAGAUUAAGGUGUCAUGUACUCUAUAUGUACUAUAGUUGUUUCACCCAAGUCUGAGCUGUGCAUUAUCGAGCACUGGCAACCUGCUGCCCCAUGGCACGUCCGAUUGCGUGGAUAUUAUAUAUAGGCUAUACAUAGGAAACAGUCGUCGGUUUCAAUAAUACGCAGGUAACAAUAACAAAUACUGUCAAUGAUUUUGAGUUAAAAAUUAUUAGUAACGUCGUAAACAGCUGUUUUGUUAAUAUAAAGCCAGCUAAUUUUCUCGGUGGCGGACAAUGCCAAGGUUGUUUAAUAACUUUAAUCAGCAGUCUUGUAAAUUAUUAACAAAACAACUGUUUGUGUCAGUAUUAAUAAAUUUUACCUUAAAAUCAGCUAUAAUUGCCGGCAUUUGUUAUUGUUGUCCACAUAUUACUGAUAAUGAUGACUUUUUCCUAUGCAUAGGCUAUAACACCUUAUCCACGCAAUCGAACGCGCUGUGGGACAGCAGGUUGCCAGUGCUCGAUAAUGCACACCUCAGACUCGGGUGAACCGACUAUGAAACGUGAUUCAUGACUGCACCAUCUGACCUGUAGACACACACUCACACAUUGAGGGAGGCAAGAUGCCUUCUGAAUAUUGAGAAAUAAUUUUCCCUUUAGAUUUAUUGACAUCAUGAGUGAUCUUGAAAAGGAGAUAGUUCAAACCAAGAAUAUUCAUGAAUUUUCAGUUAAAUUUGAUAUUAUGAGACACAGAUAGAAUCCUGUGAACAUAGCUCAUUUCCUGUAUAUUACAACUAGGUAAAUACAACUACACACACACACACACAGACACACACACACACGUUAUGUUACUACUGUGUGUGUGUGUAUGUGUGUGGUGGUGGGACUUGUGAUUGCCACUCUUCCCGAAAGAUCUUGGAGCUUCCUAGUGAUGGAUCUUUGGAUACAGUUGGGACCUUCACAUCACACCCACACACACCUUGAAGGCAAAACACAACUCCUGGCUGACACCUGCUACCCAUUCAAACGGGUGGACAGGAAAUGGGUUAAAGGAGACUGCCCAUCUAUCUCCGCUGGGAAUCGAACCCAUGACCUCUUGGUUGUGAGCCAGGCACAUUAAUCACUACAGUGUGUGUGUGUGUGUGUGUGUGUGUGUGUGUGUGUGUGUGUGUGUGUGUGUGUGUGUGUGUGUGUGUGUGUGUGUGUGUGUGUGUGUGUGUGUGUGUGUGUGUGUGUGUGUGUGUGUGUGUGUGUGUGUGUGUGUGUGUGUGUGUGUGUGUGUGUGUGAGAAAAUUGAACUUACAUGCACCCUUCUUCAUCUAGCCCCAGCUACAACCUGUAUGUUUGUUAAUCUGUAAUAUUUUUUGCUACUCAGUCAUGCCUCUUGAAUAUGGCGAGUCAUGUAUUUAUACUGUGUAGAUCUAUGCAUACUAUUUAACUCUUAUUUAAUAUGUGUAGUAUGUAUGGAAAUUGUAGAGGUGUUGGGGAAAGUUUAUUGAAAUGGAGAAAGUGUAGAGAUGCGGGGGAUAGUGUGGGAGUGUUGGCGACCCCUGGAGAAUAGUGCUGGAGAAGGCCGGUGGUUUAGGGGAAAAGUUGGGGCUAUUGUAGAGGUGUCAGGGGAAAAGUGUAAAAUUACUGAAAAAAAAAAUGUGCAAGCUUCAAGAUAUGUCUGUGGGUGCUGGAGAUUGCAUCAUUUGAAAGUGUUGGUGAAAGUGUAAUGCUUUAAGAGGAAGGGCGUUAGAGAAGAAACGGAGAGGGAGAGGAAGGGAGGGGAGGGAAGGGUAGCAUGAUUUUGGUAGUUUUCUGUUGCCAACAAGCCUUUCCAUGUUUAGUUUUUGUUUCUGUUUGAGCCCUACGUUGCCCAGAGGUGUCGUAUAUAUAUCGCGGUUUGUUUUUUGUUGUUCAGAGGAUUUAGAAACGAAGAAAAAGGGGAGAUACAUUUGGAAUCUAGGUAUAAGGAAUGUGAUUCUAUUUGUAUAAGCAAAGUCAAGUUCAUAAUACAGGAUAUGUAUGAAGAUAAUCGGUGCAUAUUGUACAUAUCAGAUGCUUUCUAUAUUGUAAUUAUAAUUUUAAGGACAGCAUUCACUGGUCUAAGGCUUAAAAAACGGUAAUUAAUUUGACUGCAUCCAGUUAUAUCUUUGUGUUGAUCAGUCAAGUUUUUAAAUUUCUUCCAUGGCUCCUCCUUGGUCUUACAGUCAUGUAGUUCUGUGGCUUUGUGCUUCUAUGCUGUCAAUGUGUCACCAGAGGGCUGGAGUGCAUCUUUAAGUUAUCAUGGGAAGCAGGUUUUUAGGCCAUUUGAUGACCAUUCUCUCUAUCAGCCUUUUGCAUUAUUUUUUUCUCUAAAUUUAGUUUUCAAAAUGUACCUUAUAGCUUCCAGUUGGGCACCAAUCACUGUAUUCAGUAUUCACAUUGUCAACAUUUCUUUCACAGUUUACUUGAAUUUAAGUGCAAGUUUUCAUCCUUGUCACUGAUUUAUUUAGCAGCUGGCCUGUGGGUGGAACCACUCAGCCCCCAGACUGUGCAAUGUCCAUGCCAACUGCCUGCUUCAUAACAUGAGUGGCUAUAGCAGGCUAAGAGGAGUGGGUUUGUAGCUCUUUAUAGGUUUAUGUAACUUGGCCAUAAAGUAUGUUGUGUUUGGAAGUCCUCACCCUCAUACAGCUUGACAUUGCUUUGCCACAUUCACUUACCACCAUUUAUUUGAAGUGGAACAAUCCACCAAAUAUAUUCAUAAAUGUCAAAAAUUAAAUAUAGGAGAGGAGUUUUGGGAGUCUGAGGGCCUUGGAACCUGCACAGAAUACUCACUUUGGAGUUCCUUAUUUUUGGAAUAUUAUCAGCAGGUGUGCAAUGGAAGAUGGACUAUUUUGGGAAUGCAUAACCUUAAUGUUUUCCCUCAAGCCUGGAAAUCCCUCAUGCUUGGCAUGGUAAAUGGCAUCUUAUGAAGAUAAGAUGUCUUUUGUAUUAAGUCAUAUGUUCUUUUCGACUUUUGGGUAGCAAUGGUCUUUGUGCUGCCCUCCCACCCCUUGUUUGGCACUCACCAAUGUCCCUUGUCAAACUAACCAUUGCCAGUGUUUGUACUGUGUUGACUUCAGAGUCAUUUGCUCACUCCUUGAUUCUUGACGCACAGCAGCCAGGAAAUACUCUGUGAAUGUGUCGUUGCCGUGAAGGAGGAUCGCCAAACACAUCCCUGGUACAUGUUUGUCCCCACGAGUCAGUCAAGCAAACUCACGUGGCAGGAGUCAAGCCACACAAGGCACAGAAUGCAUUGAACCUGCUUCAGUUUGUCUUUUAGUUAUAUUGUGUGUUAUUCUACAGUGUUUUAUUAAUGUUCUCUGUCCCUGUACUCCUUGGUUUGAGUUUACAAGACCCAUGACGAGUGUGCUUCUGGCGUGCCCUCCCUCACCACAGAGCUGGAUCUUUGGGGGGGGGCAGCCCAUGUACAGAGUUUUCUAUGUGUAUCUUGUCUACUGUAAAUGUUUGUCAAACUAUUUGUUUUCAUUUGUCGUCAUUUUUAUAGAUAAAUGAAUGCAAAAUUUGAAAUAAAAAUCUGAUUGCUGA